AUGGACCGCCAGUAUGAGAUCAAUGAGCUCAUAGAGUCCAUGGGCUGCCAUCUGAGCUGGCCCGAGCUCCGUCCCAUCGUGGAGGCGAAGGACACUCUCCGUCGGGAGGAAAGUAUCCUCGCCGAGGAAGACUUUGACACCGACACCCGUCAGAAUUAUUACACCUGUACCAAGAAUCUGCAGGGAUUCAUCGCCUACCACCUCAACAAGUUCGACGAUGCCCUGUCUUUCUUCCACGACGUCCUGAGAGUCGACAAGCGCAACAUCAACGCCCUUGGAAACCUGGCUUUUGUACACAAAAAGCUAUGCCAAAUGAAAAGUUUCCAAGAAUACCGAAACAAGCUUACUGACAUCUUGUCAAAAGCAUGUUACGCAGAGAAGGGCAGAGCCUACGCAGAUAAGGCCUAUGCUAUUCGCAACUUCGAGCAAUUUAAACGGUGCUUUCGGUACAUGAGAUUCAUUGAGAGGGCCCUAAGACAAGGGAGGAAUUGCGAGGUCGCACAAAGAGCAGAGUGGCUCUUUGACUACGCCCUGGCUUUGUAUAGGAGAGACGGCCAAAUGCUGUACCUCAAACGCCUUGCCAAGCAGGCAGACUUUGAUACCAAACAUUCGGAGUUGUACUCUGACGAUAGGAUCAUGGAGGGAUUCAAGGCGGCUUGCCGAUUCUUCCUGGAGGUGAUACGCACCAGCCCCUCCCCAGAUUACCAAGCUCUGUCUUGGGUGUUCAUAGGGAUCCUUGUCAAUCACGACCCGGAACACAGAAUCAUCUCCUCAGCAUUUCCUGAUGUGCGGACCUUCCGGGAGGCUCGAGUCGAGACGGCGGAUCAUUGCUUCCAGAGAGGUCUCGCCAUCCAUCCAGAGCACUUCGUCGUUAUCCGUCGAGUUGGCACUGAGUAUGUUAAGCUGGGACGCUACGAAGAAGCCAGAGAUCUUCUGGACAGAUCCCUGCGUAAACGCAAAUCGCACUUUGCGUACCGGUACCGAGCCGUCAUGUAUCUAACAAUGUACGAAGAACUCGAGGAGAAAGAUAAGGGGACACUUCAGUCUCGACAGCUACUCCGAGUAGCUAAAAGAGAUUACAAGAAGGCGCUGUCAUGGAACAGGUGUCACGCGGACUACUCCGACCUUGGAUACGUUUACUACCUGCUUGGGGAGAGAGAAAAGGCCCUGACCAAGUUUUUACAGGCAACCAAGGCUGAGCAGGACGAUUACUUCGAAGUGGUGUCGACACACAAAAGAUGGGCUCAGUGUCUCAAAGAGGCAGGUGAGAAAGAAGGCAGCCAGAUGCAAAAAGAGGAAGCCGAGAGGGUGCGAGCAAAAAUCUUGGAGUCACCCCUUGCUGAAAAGAUCCUGGGCAGUGAUGACAUCACAAGCUACAAGAUCGCAAAGAAACCGGGCUACGUGAGGAUUAUUGAAGACUACCACCUCGUAGAGCCUCCAUCGUCAUCUUCGAGACAGACCAGGACUGACUGCAAGUACCCCUACGACUGCUUUGUGUGGCAUGCGGAAAGAGACAGUCGGUGGACCGAUGAGUUUGUGCGAGUGCUGGAGACAAAGUACAAUUUGUCAUGCUGCCUGCAAUCGCGAGACCUCUUGGCCAACACGGGUGUGUUCGACGGGCUCUCCAGCUGUUUGGGAGGCAGCUACAAGUUGGUCAUCAUCCUCACACCACACCCUUCCCCUCUCAAGGAAUCGGAUCAGAGAAGUGAGGGUUGGGAGUCCUUUGUCAUCGAGCAAGGAUUACAGGAGGGAGUUACCAGAGUACGUGAAGGGGAGUACAUCCUGCCGAUCAGGUUACUUGAUUGCCCUCUGCCAGAAAAGCUCCAGGAUUAUAAAAAUGUUAUAGAGUGCGAAGAUGGGCAGAUUUUGACAGAGGACUUGAGCAAAUUGGUGCUGGACCUUACCAAAAAUGCAAAGCUCUCUGGUAGACUCAAAUAA